AUGACCCCUUCGCCUCGUCCCCUUGUUAUCUGGCAUGGUCUGGGCGACACAGCCCUUUCGCCGGGCAUUUCAAACUUCAUCAACAGGACGCAAGAGAUUCAUCCCGGCAUCUAUGUGCACUCUGUACAGGUACCAGAGGAUGGUACGGAAGAUGACGAAAGAAAGGCUGGCUUCUGGGGUAAUGCGGUCGCUCAGAGCUUGGAGGGGUGCGAGCAGAUCAAAGCUAUCGACGAGCUGAAAGAUGGGUUUGAUGGUAUAGGAUUCUCCCAAGGCGGUCUGUUUCUCCGAUGGUAUCAACAGUACUGCGACGGUCCUCCAAUCCACAACCUCGUCACCUUUGGUACCCCUCACUAUGGCAUUUCCGCUCUCAUUCCCUGCCCAACGCCUCCAACUCUCUCCUGUCUCCUGGCAGCACGCGCGGCCCGAGCAGGAAUAUAUCGCCCUUGGGCACAAGAACACCUCGUGCAAGCGUCUUAUUUCCGGGACACGGAGAGACUAGAAGAGUUCUGGGAGAUCAACGGGUGGUUGAGGGAUAUGAAUGGCGAGAGGCCUUUCGGGAGAGGGGAGGACGAGGGAGGGCAAGGAAAGAGAGGCGAAGGAAAGGGGUUGGGAGCCUUGGACAACCUGGUGGCGAUCUUGUUUGAAGAUGACCAUACCGUUUCUCCGGCGCAAUCUUCACACUUCGCAUCCUAUGCCCCAUCCAACAAGUCAGAGAUCAUCCCUCUCCAUGAUCAAGAUCUCUACAAGGAUGAUUGGAUUGGAAUCAAGUCAUUGGAAGAGAAGGGUGGCCUGCAACUGGAAAAAUGCCCGGGAGAGCAUAUGGAAAUCGGAGGGGAGAAAGGAUGUGGUGAGAGGAUGGUCAGGAGAUGGAUCGGGUGGGAGAAAUGA